AUGGGAGGUAUAAGACCCCCCAACAACAUGGCACCGUAUUCUAGACCACAGGGGUACAACAAUCAGCAGCAGGGGUACCACCCUCCUCAGCAGCAGCAUGGUGGAAGACAGGACGAUGGGUUGACAGAUGUGACAGUCCAGCCUGCUCAGGAAGAAAAGAAUACUAAGCAGGAGACCGAGAAAGUUGCUGAAGCAGUUGAAGAGCCGGUAGUAGAGAUAGUAGCCAAGAAAGAAAAGUCCCAAGUGAUUGGGAAGAAAAGACCUCCUCCACCAUUUCCACAGAGGUUAGCCAAGCAUCAAAAGGAGGAGCAGUACAAAAAGUUCUUUGAGAUGCUCAAGCAAAUUCAGGUAAAUAUUCCAUUGAUUGAAGCCUUAAAGGAGAUGCCUGGAUACGCAAAAAUGAUGAAAGACUUAAUGUCCCGGAAAGUUGAUUUUCAAGACUUGGCUACGGUGACACUUACUCAGACGUGCAGUGCAGUGGUAACUAGACCUGUUGCUGAAAAGCUCUCUGAUCCAGGGAGUUUUACUAUUCCAUGUACAAUUGGAAACUUUGCUUUUGCGAAAGCACUCUGUGAUUUAGGGGCCAGCAUUAGUCUUAUGCCCCUGGUCAUUUACAAGAGGUUGGGCAUAAGGAGAGCUAGACCCACCUCUAUGUUUCUACAGCUGGCUGACAGGACUGUGAAGCGUCCAUUUGGGAUCCUGGAUGAUGUACUUAUUCAGGUGGAUGAAGAAAUUCCUAUCAUCUUAGGAAGACCUUUCUUGGCCACGGGGAGAGCUCUUAUUGAUUGUGAGACCGGGGAGCUUAAGAUGAGGCUCAAUGACGAAGAGAUUAUAUUCAAUGUGCAGAAAUCUAUGAGGCGCCCAAGUGAGUUCGCAAAUUGCUCUCUUAUUGAUGCCGUGGAUGUAAUCGUACAGUCUGCUGAUGAAGUGUUGACGAUUAAGGAUCCCCUCGCUGCAUGUUUGACGAAUUUGGAGGAAGUGAACGGUGAGGACUUGGCAGAAUGGGUGUUGGCAUUGGAAGGUAGAGGGUUCUGGGAUAGAGAACUAGAGUUUGAGCCCCUACACUUAGGAAAGAGAGAAACUCCUCCAGCUAAUCCAUCCAUUGAAGAACCACCGAAGCUAGAACUAAAGCCACUGCCAACCCACCUCAGGUAUGAAUUUCUGGGACCUGACUCCACUCUACCUGUUAUUAUCUCAUCUAGUUUGUUAGAUGUGCAGGUCCAACAGCUUCUACAGGGAACAUCAGAGGAGGCUGAAUCCAAAUAUGAAGGAAGUAGUGAAGAAGGAGGUGAUAAAGUG